AUGUUUGACAAUAAAAUCCAUGAAAGUACACAUUUAGAAUCCGUCCAAAUAUAUAUUUUUGUAAAUUUAAUAUCAAUUUCUUUUAUUAUAAAAUCUGACAUUCUUUUUCCAGCAACGCUUGCCAUUAGUUCUAAUCGGGGAAUUGUUAAUUUAUUUUUUAUCGGGGCUAAUUUUCCUUUAGACAUGAUUAUAGAUGUUUGUACCCCAUUUUUAUCAAAUUGUCUUAAAUAAGCGACUGCUGCGUAUGCUUUACCGGAAGCAUCGACAAAAACAUGUAACUCAGUUGGAUUUUGUUUAUUGACUGAAAUUCGCCUUAUUUGGAAAUUGCCAUAAUCUACUUUAAUUUUAUUCCAUUCCUCACAUUCCGUCUUUUCAAUUUCUUCAUCCCAAGUUUUAUCUGUUUUCCACAAGCUUUGGAA